AGGUCAAUUUCCUUAAGUAGUGCCAAAGGAUGGAACCAGAAAACACUGCCAAGGAAACAGUCGUCAUUACUGGAGGAGGUGGUUAUUUUGGCUUCCGUUUAGGUUGUGCCAUAUACCAAAAGGGAGUUGAUGUGAUUCUCUUUGAUGUUGUGAAGCCACUUCAAACUGUGCCAGAGGGAAUAAAGUUCGUGCAAGGGGAUGUCUGUUGCCUGUCUGAAGUGGAAGAGGCUCUUAAAGAUGUAAUCUGCGUUUUCCAUAUCGCUUCCUAUGGAAUGUCUGGCAGGGAGCAGCUGAACCGAAAACUUAUAGAAGAUGUUAAUGUGAAAGGAACAGAAAAUGUCAUCCAAGCCUGCAAGAGCACAGGAGUGUCGGGUCUGGUUUAUACAAGUACAUAUAAUGUGAUAUUUGGAGGCCAGAUUAUAGAAAAUGGGGAUGAAUCUCUGCCUUAUCUACCUCUUCACCUUCAUCCAGAUCACUACUCCCGAACCAAAUCUUUAGCUGAAAUGAAGGUGCUGGAAGCAAAUGGUGCUGAGCUUGGAAACGGGAAAGGUGUAUUAAGGACUUGUGCUCUCCGACCAGCAGGCAUCUAUGGGCCUGGAGAACAAAGACAUCUUCCAAGAAUAGUUAGUUACAUUGAAAGGGGACUGUUCAAAUUUGUAUAUGGAGAUCCUCUUAGUUUAGUAGAAUUUGUACAUGUAGACAAUCUAGUCCAGGUUCAUAUCCUUGCAUCCGAGGCCCUCAAAGCCAAUAAAAAGCACAUAGCUGCAGGCCAAGCCUAUUUUAUUUCAGAUGGCAGGCCUGUCAAUAACUUUGAAUUUUUCCGACCAUUAGUGGAAGGUUUGGGUUACAAGUUCCCAACCUGUCGUCUUCCUCUCUCCCUUGUCUAUUUUUUUGCAUUCCUUACUGAAGUAGUUCAUUUUCUUGUAGGACAUGUUUAUAACUUUCAGCCUCUCCUCACUCGCACAGAGGUUUACAAAACUGGUGUCACGCAUUAUUUUAGUAUGGAGAAGGCCAGAAAAGAGCUGGGGUAUGAGCCUCAGCAGUACAACCUGAAUGAAGUGGUUGAGUGGUUUAGGUCUCAAGGGUGUGGACCAAAGCCAAGAAGGCACACCAUUACGCAUCUUGUUAGGGAUGGAGCAUUGCUCUUGCUGCUGAUGGCUGUAAUGGUCUCAUGGUUUCCAUCUACAGUGACAUUUUUUUCACUCUAAAAAGAGGAAACACUAAGUAUGGAGGACAGAAUUUAGUUAUGUUCUCUGAGUACUCUUGGUUUUGA